UUGGCUAACUCAGAAGAUAAGCCAUUUUGUAUUGCUAGAAGGCUAGAGACUUAUUUCUUCUGCUCUUCCUCCUCUUUCUUUUCAGAAAGAUAGCUCAUGGUCUGGGAUGUGCUGCAGUCCAGCCCUGGUUCCCAGCAAGACUCACCCAUGCUUGCUCAGGGACCGCCCCCCCUACACAUUCUGUAACAGAACAAUGUAUUUGUUUUGUAGGAUUUGCUAGAGCUUCUCGGUAAGACGGACAGAACUUGGCAGAAGACGAAAGGGUUCCUUCUGAUCUCUUACAGGCUUCCUGAGAGCACAGAUGGAUGAGCAAGACUCAACUGGCCCUGGAGCAGGAAGAGGCCAUGCCAUCCAAUCUAGGAGCAGUGGGGGAUUCUGGGAAAACUAUGUGCAGAAGAUCCUGGGUGAGGAGGACACCCUCCACUCAGAGGUGCAGAGCCAGCAGUUGAGGCAGUUCUACUGCCAGGAGGCCAAAGGACCCCGAGAGGUUUGCAGCCGACUCUACCACUUUUGCCACCAGUGGCUGAAGCCAGAAAGGCAUACGAAAGCUGAGAUGCUGGACCUGGUGAUAUUGGAGCAGUUCCUGGCUGUCCUUCCCCCGGAGAUGGAGAGCUGGGUGAGGGAAUGCGGAGCGGAAACCAGUUCCCAGGCGGUAGCCCUGGCCGAAGGUUUCCUCCUGAGUCAAGCAGAGGAGAGAAAGCAGGAACAGAGAAAGCAGGGAAAGGAUCAUUUUCCAGAAAUGGACCUGGAUUCCUGUGAGGCAGAGAGGCCUCCGUUGGACACCAGAGAGAGGCCACUGGGUGACAGAAUGAUGCUGGCAAGACCUCCUGAUCCGUCUUUUCAUGGGGGCAGAAGGGAAGCAGUGGCUGCGGAACCAGAUCAGGGUCCAGUGUGCUUUGAAGAUGUCGUUGUUCAUUUCACAGACGAGGAGUGGGCAUUGCUGGAUCCUGAGCAGAGAGCUCUGCAGAAGGACGCCAUGGAGGAUUACCGUGGGAUCGUGGCCUCUCUUGAUUGUGAUGAAUUAGAAAUCGAGAACAAAGGUGACCACGAUAAAAUCCGCAGAAAGGAGAAGCCACGUAAAAAUUUGGAGAGUGGAGAAAGCUGUAGUCAGAGCUCCCAUUCCACUUCCCAUCAGCAAAAUCUCAUCGGAAAGAAACUUUAUCAGUGCAUGGAAUGUGGAAAGAGCUUCAGUCAGAGACACCAUCUCACUUCCCAUCAAAGAAUUCAUACAGGGGAGAAACCCUAUCAGUGCAUGGAAUGUGGAAAGAGCUUCAGUUGGAGAACCGAUCUCACUUCCCAUCAGAGAAUUCAUACAGGGGAGAAACCCUAUCAGUGCGUGGAAUGUGGAAAGAGCUUCAGUCAGAGCUCCUCUCUCACUUCCCAUAAAAGAAUUCAUACAGGGGAGAAACCCUACCAGUGCGUGGAAUGUGGAAAGAGCUUCACUGAGAACUCCCAUCUCACAAGACAUCAAAGAAUUCAUACAGGGGAGAAACCCUAUCAGUGUGUGGAAUGUGGAAAGAGCUUCAGUGUGAGCUACUCUCUCACUAAGCAUAAGAGAAUUCAUACAGGAAAGAAACCAUAUCAGUGCUUUGAAUGUGGAAGGAGCUUCAGUCAGAGCCACAGUCUCACUUCCCAUCAAAGAAUUCAUACAGGGGAGAAACCCUAUCAGUGCGUGGAAUGUGGAAAGAGCUUCAGUCAGAGUUCCUAUCUUACUUCCCAUCAAAGAAUUCAUACAGGGGAGAAACCCUAUCAGUGCGUGGAAUGUGGAAAGAGCUUCAGUCACAGCCACAGUCUCACUUCCCAUCAAAGAAUUAAUACAGGGGAGAAACCCUAUCAGUGCUUCGAAUGUGGAAAGAGCUUCAGUAAGAGCUCCAAUCUCAUUUCCCAUCAAAGAAUUCAUACAGGGGAGAAACCAUAUCAGUGUGUGGAAUGUGGAAAGAGCUUUACUGAUAGCUCCUCUCUCACUUCCCAUCAAAGAAUUCAUACAGGGGAGAAACCCUAUCAUUGCUUUGAAUGUGGAAAGAGCUUUAGGAAGAGCUGCCAUCUCACUUCCCAUCAAAGGAUUCAUUGAGGGGAGAAACCCUAUCAGUGCGUGGAAUAUGGAAAGAGCUUCAGGCAGAGCUGCGAUCUGACUUCCCAUCAAAGAAUUCAUACGGGGAGAAACCCUAUCUGUUUGUGGAAUGUGGAAAGAGCUUCAGUAUGCGCUCCCAUCUCACUUCCCAUCAAAGAAUUCAUACAGGGGAGACGGUACACUCUAGUAAGAGCCCCGGAGAGAGUGGAGUGGUAGUCGUGGGAGCCAUUUUCGGGCGCCAUUGUUACCCUUGCGAACCGAGGCUCCGAGCCGGCAGUGAAGAGAGGUGGAUUCUUCCAGAUUAAAAAUUUGAGCACUAAUCUCCCUGCAAGAUUUUAAAGUUGUUAGAAGAAAGUCCCCUAGGAAGUUGGAUCUGGGUCCCUGGAGGGAUCAGUGAAUGGAUUUUACAACAUUUUUAUAAUAAGGAUUGGAUUGUUCUAUUGAAAUUGAGAACUGUCAACUUUAAAAGUGAAAUUGAAACUGUGCUUAAGAUGGUGGAUAAUGACUUUGAGAUAUGAUUAAAUAAUAAAAGAAGAAGAUACCCAGAUCGGACAAAAAAAUGGCGUUUGAAACUUGGAAAUUAGAUUCCUGCCAUUUCCGGUUUCGCAAUCUGAUGUUUUCCCAUGGAAUUUGAGACGUCAAGAAUGGCUGUAGACUCAACACCAUCACAAGAUUUGGACUGGCAAAAGGUACUUUUGGAACUUUGGGACACUAAACACGAGCUGGUUAUGAAUACUGUAACAAGCAGCUGCGUGAAAAUAAUAAUAAACAGCUAAGUUAUAUGAGUGAAAGAAGCUGCUUGGAUAAUAGAAUUGGAAAAGGACUGAUGCUUUUGGACUGUGCAGAGGAGCGAGAUGACCAACCACUAACACUGGACAAUGACUUGGAAUUUAAAAACUUUAAAGAUUUUAAAGAAGAGGAGGAAGAUGAUUGGCAAAAUGUUCCACAAGUGAGAGAUGUGGAACAGGGUAUGGAUUUGACCCAAGGGCCCCUCAAAGAAGAACCAGUGUGGGCUGUUGUCUUCCCAGUGAGAGAGGGAGGGCAGCGCACGCUCUGAGAUUUUGGAAAGAUAUCUGGAUGGCGUUGGUGUUGGGAAACAGAUGGAGAACUGAGGAAACAGCAGAAGAAGUUUAAAAAAUUUUGGUGGAGGACUUGGGAAAGGGUGGGAGUGGGGUUAAUGAUGUAAAUAUAUGAUAUUUUACUGGAUUGAUUUGGAAGGUCUGAAACUGGUCUGAAAAAUGGAAUUCGCUGAAACGUCUGGGAUACCUAGAUUCAGGGGAAGGGGGGACGAAAUAAUAUUAAAUGUUUAAAUGUAAUUAGGAAAUAAGAGUUAAUAUAACAAUGGUGAUUCAUUGUUGGUGACAAUUGUAAGCUAAGGGUGAAGUAAAUGAUAGUAUAAUGGGAAAUUAAAAAUUAAUAGAUUUAGAAUUAUUGUUUUAAUGUUAAGAGAAUAUAAUUGAUAUUUUUAGAUUUUUAUUAGAAUAGAAAAGUUUAGAGAGUAAUGAAAUAAGAUGAUUUAAGAAUAAUGUGAAAACUGCCUAAGCGUUAUUAUAAUGUGGACCCAGUGGGGGGGGGGGACGAGGAAGUCCACAAUGUGAAGACAAAUGUAAGAUCAAUAGGUUCUUUUUUUUUGUAUUGUAUUGUAUUUGUUUUGCUUUUUGAUGUCUUUUUUUCUUAUGUGUUGUUGUUUAUCUUUGUGAUUGUUUUGUUUUUUUCAUUAUUAAGUGUUGAAAAUGAAUGAAAAUGAAUAAUAAAAAAAGAAUUCAUACAGGGGAGAAACCAUAUCAG